UGGCCGCGGGCGUGCGGGCGCCCACUCCGCCGCCAUGUACACCAUCAGCAAGGGGCCCAGCAAGCUGGUGGCGCAGCGCCGCACAGGGCCCCCGCAGCAGCAGGUGGACGGCCGCCUCGGCGAGCUCCUGAAAUGCCGGCCGCCCUGCGCGCCCCUGCCCAGCGGGCCACGGCCCGGGCGCGGGGGGCGGCCUGCCCACUGCCUGCUGCCCUUCCUCCACAGCGCGGGGCCCAGGCUCGUGUUCCAGCGGGUGGCCGGCCGGCGGGCCCCGGGCGAGGGCGGCCAGGAGCCCUACACGCCGGCGCACCAGGAGAACGUGCGCUUCGUGUCCGAAGCCUGGCAGCAGGUGCAGCGGCAGCUGGCCGGCGAGCGCGGCCCGAGGCCCGUGCAGUACGUGGAGAGGAGCCCCAACCCGCGGCUGCAGGGCUUCGUGCCCAUCGACCUGGACGAGUGGUGGGCUCAGCAGUUCCUGGCCCGGGUCACCAGCUGCUCCUAGCCGCGGCGGGACAAGCCGCCCGUGCCAGCCACACCGCAA